UGGCUCCUCUGUGCGCUCUACUGUUUGCAUUGUCUGAACUGCCGGCGAGCUUUAAAAAUAUUAUAACCACCGCGGCAAUGUCGGGCAGGUCGGUCCGAGCUGAGACCCGGAGCAGGGCGAAGGAUGACAUCAAGAGGGUUAUGGCCGCUAUUGAGAAAGUACGAAAAUGGGAGAAGAAAUGGGUGACUGUCGGAGACACGUCCCUUCGCAUCUACAAGUGGGUGCCGGUGACGGAGCCCAAAUCAGAUGAUAAGAACAAGAAUAAAAAGAAGGGCAAAGACGAGAAAUACGGCUCAGAGUUGACGACUCCAGAGAACAGCUCCUCUCCAGGCAUGAUGGACAUGCAUGAUGACAACAGCAACCAGAGCUCGAUCGCUGACUCAUCCCCAGUGAAACAGGAAAACAGUUGUAGCACCAGCCCCGCCCCGGAGCCCACCGCCUUGUCUCACCGCGAGAGCAGCGAGGCCAAGACUGACCAGAGCCCGGACAGCAAGAGGGGUAAGACCAUCCCUUCAUCAGAGACCUCAGAGAGAGCACAAAGUGCCAAGAGAGACAGCCUGUCCUCAGGGGAGAAGGACUCUUCAGACAGCAAAGCCACUCAGGACCUAGAGGUGGAGACCCCACCCAGCAAGAAAAGCAAACUGGAGUCCUCAUCUCAGGACUUUGAGGAGAGUUAAAUGUUUGGGGCUGAGUCAUUUCUCUCCUUCACCCUCCUCCUCCUCCUCCUCCUCCUCCUCCCCCCUCUGCACCUCCCUCCAUUAACUCUAGAUACUUUAGGGCUAAUGGACACACCGGUUCUCUCCACUCCUCUUUCUCUCCCUUCCCCUCUCUACCCAAACUUGUCAAUACCAAAGGGAGAAUGGACGUCUCUCUUCCUCCCCCUCUCCCUCCCCCUCCCGACGGCUGCCCCCCUCACCCCCGCUCCAAUUUGCCACCUUUGCCCUAACACUCCUCUGCCACAGAGGGAGAAUGGAUAUUACCUCUAUUCACUGGUCCCCUCCGUGCUUCCUUCCAGUUCUCCACACUUUUUCACUAAUGCCAAGAGAAGCUCUGAACACAGGCUGCAAUCCCCUCUGUGACCAGGGGCAGCGCUGUCAGCCCAGUCCAGCCACCGCCAGGCCAGACCACCAAACCCUGACCUGCAUCUGUGACAGAAGAGUAAAACACUGGGGAUCUGAGAUUAGGACGAGGUUGAUCCCGGACGCUGCUCUGAGACCGCUUUUUAAACGUUUCACUGCUAAUGGUUUAGCUCAGGAUAACUCAAGAGGCUAACCUGGUCUCAGAUCAGUGGCUGGGGCGGGAACCUCCACCCUAAGACCACGUCACUUCAAUCCUCCCGAUUCGCCUCCUGUUAGACUAAUGUUCUAUAUUUGUUUAGGAAAUGUUUAGGGUUUUUUUCUCAGGAGGGUCAAUGCACUGUUAUGGUAUGUCACAAUCGAUCACAGAUAGAUUUGCUGCUGUAGUGGAUGUCUUUUUUCUCUAUCCAUGACAAGUUCUCCAUUCACGUGUUUUAUAAAGCGAGUUAGUUUGUGGCUGUAGAGGAAGAAGAAGACGAAGACGACGGUACUGGUCAAGACAUAAACUCUUGGAUAAGUAGUGAAGACAGGCGUAGGUAGCGUAGGUCCUGAAGGUGUGCCUUGAGUUGCUACAUUUAAAUACACGUUUUAGGUCAAGCAGGUUUUGAAUUACAAUCUUGGUGCCAUGUUUUGUUUUGUUUUCUUGCCUUAUAAUCAUCACUAAUUAGUUUUAUCCAUUUUUUUUUUAAAUAUUCAACUACAACAGUAGGAUUUGAUUUAAAGGAACAGUUCUGCGUUUUGGGAAAUGUUUGCUUUCAUGGCUGUUUGUUGAACAUAAAACUACACCCGGAGGCAGUUAGCUUAGCUUAGCUUAGCAUAAAGGCUGGAAACAGGGGGAAGCACCUAGCCUGGCUUUUUCCAAUCAGCCUACCAGCACCUGUAAAACUCAGCAGUCAACACGUUAACAAAA